GACAUCUUAAUCAAGUCCUCCCAGGUUUCUGCAAUAAAUUCUUCUAUUCAAGCUAUCAAUGAUAGACAGGGAUAGGAACUGAAGCAAGCAACACAGCACAUACCCUGACUGCAGAGGGGUGUGGCCAGCAUCACCAAGCCACCCAGAAAAUUCACUGACUGCAGAGGAGUGUGGCCAACACCAGAAAACAGAAACAAUGAGUGCCAAGGAGGCAUCUAAACUGGAAACAAGACAAAGAGAACUGCAAUUAAAAGAACAGGAAUUACAGAUAAAAUUCAAGGAGAUGGAAUUAAAAGAAAAAGCCAAAGAGGCUGACCACAAGAGAGACAUGGAAGCCAAAGAGGCUGAGCACAUGAGACAAAUGCAGUUAAAAGACAGAGAAAUGGAGAGCCAGAGGGAGGCCCACCGGCAGGCUCUGGAAUUAGAAAAGGCUAAGCAGCAUGAUCCUACCAAUCCAACCCCUCUUCCAAGUACUGAUCAGCCUGCUCGGAAAAAAUUUCCCGCCUACAGGACAGGUGAUGACGUUGAGGCCUUCCUAGAAAACUUUGAAAGGGUCUGCAUUGGGUACAGCAUCCCUGAAGCACAAUACAUGGUAGAGCUGAGGUCACAGCUCUGCGGAGAAUUAUUACUGGUGGCAACUGAAAUGCCUAGGGACAAAAUGAACAACUAUAGACUGUUCCUAACCAAGGCUAGAUACAGAAUGGGCAUAACCCCUGAUCACGCCCGUCAGCGUUUCAGAGCCCAGAAAUGGAAACCAGAGGUGUCAUUUCCAAAACACGCCUCCUACCUUGAAAAGCAUUAUUUUUCCUGGUUAUCAGGAGCCAAUGUUAAAUCCAUGGACGACCUAAACCUCCUGAUAAUGAUGGAGCAGUUCUUGGAUGGUGUUCCUGAGGACAUUACACGCUACAUACAAGAUGGAAAACCAAAAAAUCUCACUGAGGCAGGGGAGAUUGGAGCCAAAUGGAUGGGAGUUGCAGAGAACAAGAAAGCUACUGUCAAGGGGAGCGAAUCCCACAGGGUACACACCGACACUAAACCCUACCAUCAAGGACCAAUCAAGCCCACACCUACAACCCAAGGACAGCCACAACCUACUUCUUCUUCUACCUCACCAGUCUCCAGUAAUCCUCAUUGGCCCAGUGACCCGUCAACUGGGCGAUGUUUUAAAUGUAAUGAACUGGGGCAUAUCAAAGCCAAAUGCCCAAAGAACCUAAACCGAGUGCAAAUCCUUGCACCUUCACACCAGAGAAACCCAGACCUAGAUGUCUCUCAAAUACCCUUACACCGUAGGGAAACUUUGAGAGUGGACGGAAAGGAGGUUAUCGCAUGGAGAGACACUGGAGCACGUGUCAGCUAUCCACCGAGCCUUCGUGGACCCCAAAUUCAUCAACCAGGAAGCCAAAGUGACAAUCCACCCCUUCAUAUCAAAAUCUGUAAGCUUACCUACAGCGGAAUUGCCUGUCCAGUACAAGGGCUGGUCAGGAAAGUGGACUUUUGCUGUCUAUGACAAUUAUUCUAUCCCCAUGCUACUAGGGGAAGACUUGGCCGACCACGUUGAGCAACCCAACACAGUGGGAGUGGUUACACGCAGCCAAGCCAGACAAGCUGACGAACCCAUCCCUGUCCCUGAGCCAUUCACCAAGACCCCGUCUGCGUUACCAGAGACCCAGACAGAGGUGGUGCAACCGGAUCCCAUGCCAACAACUACAGCAGCCACAGUACCUCCUGUUCCAGAACCGGAACUGGAAGAAUAACCAGUGUCAGCACUGACUCCAGCACUUGCAACUCCACCACCAGAGGGCACCAACGAGCCUGAACUGGCAGAAACAGCAGACAACCCUACCCAAGAGGCUCAGCCAGAGCCUGAAAUAUCACCUCGUGCACCAGCGGAGAGCAGUCCACAGU